AUAUAUAUAUAUAUAUAUAUAUAUUUUUUAAGCGUGAUCAGGAAGCAGAGGGAAAUGGUAAGGAGAAACAUGUUCAAGAAAUUGAAUGCCUUGGAAAAUACGUUCAAUUUUUUGGCAGGGUUUUUUUUUGUGACUUUAACUCAAACAAUAUUUCAAAACAUUUUCACCAGUACAGUGAUAAUUACAAUGCAAUAUCCAUAAGUUAUUUUACACAUUUUUGUUGUUGUUGCAAGUACAGUAAUAUAGUAAUGCCACCAAUAACACUACUUCAAAAUUACAACUACAUCUCAUGUAUGUAUAUUCGGGGGUGUUUUCUUUUUUUACCCAAAUUAAUAAUUUUGCAAUGUUUCUGCGCAUGUACAUUAUGGAUACUAAUGCCCUUAAAAUUUAACUGUACAUUUGAAAGUGACAAAACUAAUAGUAUGAAACACUUAAAAAUGUUAUCUUAAAAGUAAUUUGCAAUAUUUUAUAUUUUCAUUUUGCCGCAAUGAAAAUAUAUAUAUUUUUGCAAGUAGCAAUGGGAAUUAUAAUGCUCACCAACAACACUAAAACAUCUUGAAUGGAGAUUAAACUGCCUAUAUUUUCCAAGUUGCGAUGAAAAUUAAAAGGUUAAAAAUAAAAACUUGAGGUGCAUUUAAAAUGGAUUUAACGGCUAUUUGUGUAUUCGUGAUUAAAAACGUUUAAAUCUUGAAAAGGAAUAUUAAAUGAAAUAGUGUGCAUGGGGGACCCCGUGUUGAUGCUGAAGUAACCAUAGCAACCACGGAGCUUGUCUCCUUGGGCAGCGUUCACUUCGGCCGCAUUUGGAAAACCUCCAAAAAUUGGAAUAAUCAUAACUGGAACGUCCUCGACCUAUCAGGAAUUUAUUAGCAUCCAUAUAUGGUUGCAAGAUUAGUCGUGUCUUGGAUUUUGUGGGUGCGUGUCUGUGUGUGUGUCGGCUCGAAGGGGGAGGGGCUUCUUUUUUUGAGUCCGCAGCAGAGAAGUUUGGCGCUCAAUUGUGCGGACGCCUGGCGGGAAAGCAGCAAUUUUUUUUCACCGUUUUUAAUUUGGAUUUUUUUUUGUUUUGUUUUGUUAAAAAAAAAGCUUUUUUCUUUCGCGACCUAGCGGAUAACUCUGCCGGCAUGCCUAACUAGUUGUGGGCUGGACAUUAUGGGAUGCAUCGUCAUGGCAACAGACCAGACGUCACAAUCUGGGCAUGUGUGUUCCAUUCGCCCCCCCCACCCCCUUCUUCUUAUGUGUGUGUGUGUGCGUGAUUCUUUUUUUUCCAGACUGGCAGCCCAUUUUUUUUUUGUGUGUGUGUGUACUUUUUUUUAAAUUAUUUUUUUUGUUUUUUUUGCUUCGAGAGACCCAUGAGCGGAUCAUCAUCACAUGUGAAUGUUCUUGUUUUGUCAUCACAGAGCUGCGGAUUUAGCGGCGGCUGACGAGAAGAGGAAGAGAAGGAGGAGGAGGAGGAGGAGGAGGAGGAGGAGGAGAGCGGCGUGCCGAGGGUUAACUUUCACUAUUGUCAGCAGCCUAAAAGGGGGCUUUUUGGAGGAGGAGGAGGGGGCGAUGAGAUCAAGAUGCCCGGGUCGCUGAGCAAUGAAGACGAGGCGCAGGACGACAUGGAUUUUGACGACGAGAUGCCAGACGAGGAGGACGUGCGCACGGCGCUGCCCCUGGCGUCCAUCGGCAGCUUCUUCUCGGACGACGACGACUCCUUCAAGCAGCAGCAGAAGAAGAAGACCAAGAAGAUGAAGGAGGGAAAAGUGGCCAAGGUCAAGAAGCGGAGAAAGGAGGGAGGCAUCCAGGUGAACGCGGACAGCGAGCAGGACCACGCGUCCGAGGCGGACGCAGAGGACGCCGACCGUCCCGAGCGAGGCUCCGGGAGCGAGAGCAGCAUGUUCAGCCCAAACAAGAAGAAGAAGAAGAAGCCCAGGGAGAAGAAAGAGAGGAAGCCCAGGAGGAAGAAGCGGGACGAGGAGGACGACGACGACGACGACGACGACGGGACGAUGAAGGAGCCCAAAUCGUCCAGCCAGCUGAUGCACGAGUGGGGCCUGGAGGACGUCCAGUACGGCUUCACCGAGGAUGACUACAAGACUAUCACCAACUACAAAGCUUUCAGCCAAUUCCUCAGGCCUCUCAUCGCCAAGAAGAACCCCAAGAUCCCCAUGUCCAAGAUGAUGACGGUGCUGGGGGCCAAAUGGCGAGAGUUCAGCGCCAACAACCCGUUCAAGGGCGCGUCCGCCACCGCCGUGGCCGCCGCCGUGGCCGCCGCCGUGGAAACGGUCACCGUGGCGCCUCCCGCCUCCGGCGGCCAGCUCGGCGCUCAGCUCGGGCCCGUCAAAAAAGCCAAAACCAAAGAGGGCAAAGGGCCCGGGGCCCGCAAGAGAAGCAGGAGUGCGAAAGACGUGAAGAAGAAAGCGAAGCCGAAGAAGACCAAAUCCAAGUCGGGCCAAAGCGGGAAGAAGAAGAAGGCGUCUUCGAGCGACGAAGACUUCCCGGACGAGUCAGACUUUGACGACAUCAGCAUCCUCAGUGCCUCGGUGCUUUGUGACGCCUCAGGGGCCGCCGCCGCCACCGCCGCGGCGAAGAAGAAGGCCAGGCGCGGGCGCAAAAAGAGGAAAAAGGAGGACGGCGACGGCUACGAGACGGACCACCAGGACUACUGCGAGGUGUGUCAGCAGGGCGGCGAGAUCAUCCUGUGCGACACGUGUCCACGGGCGUACCACCUGGUGUGCCUGGAGCCCGAGCUGGAGCAGGCCCCCGAAGGCAAAUGGAGCUGCCCCCACUGUGAGAAGGAGGGCAUCCAGUGGGAAGCCAAAGACGAGGAGGACGAGGAGGAGGAGGAGGAGGUGGCGGCGGCGGGCGAGGAAGAGGACGACCACAUGGAGUUCUGCCGGGUGUGCAAGGACGGCGGCGAGCUGCUGUGCUGCGACACCUGCCCGUCGUCCUACCACAUCCACUGCCUCAACCCGCCGCUGCCCGAGAUACCCAACGGCGAGUGGCUGUGUCCGCGCUGCAUGUGCCCACCCCUCAAAGGCAAAGUGCAAAAGAUCAUGCACUGGACGUGGGGCGACGCCCCGCUGCCGGCCGAGUCGCCCGAGGGCCCGGGCCCGGACGGCCGGCCCGCCGCGGACCCCUUGAGCAAGCCGCCCCUCAAGGGCCACCCCGAGAGGGAGUUCCUGGUCAAGUGGGCCGGGCUGUCGUACUGGCACUGCUCCUGGGUCAGCGAGCUGCAGUUGGAACUGUACCACACGGUGAUGUACCGCAACUACCAGCGCAAGAACGACAUGGACGAGCCGCCGCCGUACGAUUACGGCUCGGGCGAGGAGGAGCUGAACAGCGACAAGCGGAAGAGCAAAGACCCGCAGUACGCCGCCAUGGAGGAGCGCUUCUACAGAUACGGCAUCAAGCCCGAGUGGAUGAUCAUCCACCGCGUGCUCAACCACAGCUUUGAUAAAGACGGGGACGUCCACUACCUGAUCAAGUGGAGGGACCUCCCUUACGACCAGUGCACGUGGGAGGUGGACCGCUUCGACGUGCCCGAAUACGACAGCCAUAAAGCGUCCUACUGGGACCACAGGGAGCAAAUCUUAGGCGAGGAUCAGCGCCCCGUUGUUGCGUCCAAGCUCAAGGAGGAGCCCCCAAAGAGGGAGAUCCCCCCAGACGCUCCCAUCAUAGACCCCACCAUCAAGUUCGAGCACCAGCCGUGGUACAUCAACGCCACCGGGGGGACGCUGCACCCGUACCAGCUGGAGGGCCUCAACUGGCUGCGCUUCUCCUGGGCGCAGGGCACCGACACCAUCCUGGCCGACGAGAUGGGCCUGGGCAAGACGGUCCAGACCAUCGUCUUCCUCUACUCGCUUUACAAAGAGGGUCACUCCAAGGGUCCCUUCCUGGUGAGCGCGCCGCUGUCCACCAUCAUCAACUGGGAGCGCGAGUUCGAGAUGUGGGCCCCCGACUUCUACGUGGUGACCUACACCGGAGACAAGGACAGUCGCGCCAUCAUCCGGGAGAACGAGUUCACCUACGAGGACAGCGCCGUCAAGCUGGGACGCAAAGCCUUCCGGAUGAAGAAAGACACGCCCAUCAAGUUCCACGUGCUGCUGACCUCCUAUGAGCUGAUCACCAUCGAUCAGGCCAUCCUGGGAUCCAUCACCUGGGCCUGCCUGGUGGUGGACGAGGCCCACCGGCUGAAGAACAACCAGUCCAAGUUUUUCAGAAUCCUCAACGGGUACAAGAUCUACUACAAGCUGCUCCUCACUGGGACUCCACUUCAGAACAACCUGGAGGAGCUUUUCCACCUGCUCAACUUCCUCACGCCGGAGCGCUUCAAUAACCUGGAGGGCUUCCUGGAGGAGUUUGCCGACAUCUCCAAGGAGGACCAGAUCAAGAAGCUCCACGACCUGCUGGGCCCUCACAUGCUCAGGAGGCUCAAGGCGGACGUCUUCAAGAACAUGCCCGCCAAGACGGAGCUGAUCGUGCGGGUGGAGCUCAGCCCCAUGCAGAAGAAGUACUACAAGUUCAUCCUGACGCGGAACUUCGAGGCCCUCAACUCCAAGGGGGGCGGCAACCAAGUGUCGCUUCUCAACAUCAUGAUGGAUCUGAAGAAGUGCUGCAACCACCCCUACCUCUUCCCCGUGGCGGCCGUGGAGGCCCCCGUUUUGCCCAACGGCUCGUACGACGGCAGCCAGCUAGUGAAGUCGUCGGGAAAGCUGACGCUGCUGCAGAAGAUGCUCAAGAAGCUCAAGGACGAAGGCCACAGAGUUCUCAUUUUCUCACAGAUGACCAAGAUGUUGGAUCUGCUGGAGGACUUUCUGGAGUUUGAAGGUUACAAGUACGAGCGCAUCGACGGGGGCAUCACCGGGGGCCUGAGGCAGGAGGCCAUCGACCGCUUCAACGCACCGGGCGCUCAGCAGUUCUGCUUCCUGCUCUCAACCCGAGCCGGAGGUCUGGGAAUCAACCUGGCCAGCGCAGACACCGUCAUCAUCUACGACUCGGACUGGAACCCUCACAAUGACAUCCAGGCUUUCAGCCGAGCGCACCGCAUCGGGCAGAACAGGAAGGUGAUGAUCUACCGCUUUGUGACGCGGGGCUCGGUGGAGGAGAGGAUCACUCAGGUGGCCAAGAGGAAGAUGAUGCUGACCCACCUGGUGGUGCGGCCCGGCCUGGGCUCCAAGACGGGCUCCAUGUCCAAACAGGAGCUGGACGACAUCCUCAAGUUCGGCACCGAGGAGCUGUUCAAGGAUGAGAUGGAGGCGGCCCGCAACAUGGGUGGUGACAACAAAGACGGCGAGGAGGGCAACGUGAUCCACUACGACGACGACGCCAUCUCCAAGCUGCUGGACCGCAGCCAGGACGCCACCGAAGACACGGAGAUCCAGAACAUGAACGAGUACCUCAGCUCCUUCAAGGUGGCCCAGUACGUGGUCAAAGAGGAGGACGGUGAGGAGGAAGUGGAGCGUGAGAUCAUCAAACAGGAGGAGAACGUGGACCCGGACUACUGGGAGAAGCUCCUGCGCCACCACUACGAGCAGCAGCAGGAGGAUCUGGCCCGCAACCUGGGCAAGGGCAAGCGCAUCCGCAAACAAGUCAACUACAACGACACCACCCAGGAGGACCAAGAGUGGCAGGAUGAUGUUUCAGACAACCAGUCGGAGUACUCGGUGGGGUCCGAGGACGAGGACGAAGACUUCGAGGAGAGGCCGGAAGGUGGGCGCCGACACUCUCGCCGCCAUCUGAGGAAUGACAAAGACAAACCCUUACCCCCCCUGCUGGCCCGAGUCGGAGGCAGCAUCGAGGUGCUGGGCUUCAACGCCCGGCAGAGGAAAGCCUUCCUGAACGCCAUCAUGCGCUGGGGGAUGCCCCCCCAGGACGCCUUCACCUCCCACUGGAUUGUGCGAGACCUCCGGGGGAAGAGCGAGCGCGAGUUCAGAGCCUACGUGUCUCUGUUCAUGAGGCACCUGUGCGAGCCGGGCGCCGACGGGGCCGAGACCUUCGCGGACGGCGUCCCGCGCGAGGGGCUGUCGCGGCAGCACGUGCUCACCAGGAUUGGCGUCAUGUCGCUGGUCCGGAAAAAGGUUCAAGAGUUCGAGCACGUGAACGGAAAGCUGAGCUCGCCGGACUUGAUCCCCAUCGGCAUGGAGCUGAAGAAGCUGACCGAGAGCGUCUCCUCCGACCCCAACACGCCGCUGCAGGCCAGCCCGCUCGCCACGCAGCCCGGGACCCCAGACCAGCCAGAGAAGGCCGAAGGUCCCGUUGAGGAAAAGGACGCCGCUGAGCAAGACGCCAAGAAAGAGCAGGAACAGACGUCGUCAGAGCCGACGGCCGCCCGUGAGGAAGAGGAAGAGGCGCACCAACGCGAGGAGAAGGAGGCAGCCGACGCCGACGAGAGCAUCAAGCCGGCCCCCGAGGACCAAACGGGAGGGGGCGAAAAGGGCGGCAAACCGGCGGAGAAGGCGACCGGCGAGGACUCGCCUCGAAAUGAGAGUCAGUCCGAAGAGCCCGAGAAGCCGCCCGAGAGAGGGGACGGCGAGGAGAAGGAAAGCAAAACGGAUGAGGUGAAGAGCGAGGAGGCCUCCGCCGCCGCAGACGCUCAACUGAAUGGCGACAAAGACACGCCGGACGAACUGGACGACCCCAGGAAGGAGGACAAGAACGGAUUCAAAACCAAGUUCAUGUUCAAUAUAGCUGAUGGAGGCUUCACAGAGUUGCACACGCUGUGGCAGACGGAGGAGAGAGCGGCGCUGUCGUCCGGCAAGAUGGCCGACAUCUGGCACCGUCGCCACGACUACUGGCUUCUGGCGGGCAUCGUCACUCACGGCUACGCGCGCUGGCAGGACAUCCAGAACGACCCGCGCUACGCCAUCCUCAACGAGCCCUUCAAGACCGAGGUGCACAAGGGCAACUACCUGGAAAUGAAGAACAAGUUCCUGGCCAGACGCUUCAAGUUGCUGGAGCAGGCGCUGGUGAUCGAGGAGCAGCUUCGGCGGGCGGCCUACCUCAACAUGAGCCAGGACCCCGGGCACCCCGCCAUGGCCCUCAACACCCGCUUCACCGAGGUGGAGUGUCUGGCCGAGUCCCACCAGCACCUGUCCAAAGAGUCCCUGGGGGGCAACAAGCCGGCCAACGCCGUGCUGCACAAAGUAUUGAACCAACUGGAGGAGCUCCUCAGCGACAUGAAGGCCGACGUGACGCGGCUCCCCAACAUGUUGUCGCGCAUCCCGCCCGUGUCCGCCCGCCUGCAGAUGUCCGAGCGCAGCAUCCUGAGCCGCCUCACCAGCCGAGGAGGGGAACCGCCGCCGCAGCAGACUUUCAGCCAGGGCGGAUUCGCCUGCUCCCAGCUGUACGGAGGCACGUUUGGUGGUGCGUUCAGGGGCCCCGGUGGGCAGCCCAUGGUCAAUUACAGUCAGAUGCCUCUGGGGCCGUACGUCAGCGUGUCUAACGGUCCCCCCAGCAGCCACCUGGACAAGAAGACCUUCGAGUCCCUGCGAGACGCGGCCACACCCGACCUGAAAUCCGGCAAAGCCAGCGACGUCAUCUGCAUCGAGGACUGAAACGAGUUCUCCGCCGGGCUGCGUCCUUUUACUAUUUUAUUUUCAUUUGAUUUGAUCUUUUUUUCACUUGCAGACAUAGUGAAUCUCAAGAAUUGCACUUUGACCUUUGCAGAGGUUUUUUCUUUUUUUUUUUUAAAACUUGAUAUUUUUGACUGGAAAACCUCCGACGAGAUGUCAGGCCUGAGGUAAAAUGUGACCUUUUUUUUUUGCCUUUUUUUUCAGCGGACGCUUGAGCGCGAGUUUUCCUUUUCUGCGUCGUCGUCAUUCAAGUCGGGAUUUUAUUUUGGAAAGCCGUUUCAUGUAUGCAGUAAAUGCGUGGAAGUGCGCCACCCGCUGAUCACGACGGUCUUUACCUCACGCCGGUUGAACACGCAGAUGGCGUCGUCGACGACACCCGCAGGACUUUUGGCGCGUCGCAGCGUGUUCCGUGUGUAUGAUACUUGUGAUUGUUUCUGUUUUGAAUGUUAGUGGAUCCGAGGUUGAUCCCUGUUUGUCCCCUCAUCGGAACUGUUGGAUUUGCCUUCGUUUGGGUCUCUUGAGGGACUGCUAUGAUGAGAAAUUAAUUGCUUUUCUUGAUAUUUUUGGUAUGCCCCCACCCCAUACAGACAUACACACACAGAAAUUGACUCCUUUAUGUUUUUGUUUUGUUUAGAUUGUUUAAGACCACGAUGGGACACUUGUUUUGGCCAAAGUCCACCAAGAAUAUUUUUUAGUUGUCGUUCUAUUCCAAGUCACGAAUGUUGCUGUUUUGAAGGCCUGGAACCCUAAUUUGAAGGUCCAGUGGUUUUAAAACGGGGAUGAGGCCCUGAAUGCUCAGUUUUGGCUGCAGUUUUACAGAACCAUGAGAUGGUUUGUGCUCAAGGCUUGAAACCCAGGUGGCUGGUUUACCUUCACAAAACUCCAUUUUUAACCCUUCUAAGGAACCCUAACCCAGGCAAUUAGAAGACUCUGUAGGUACCAUCAAAGCUCAAUUUUGACUCGAGUCAAAUCUGUUUGGUAAUUUGUGUCAAAUCCAGAUUCCUGUUUUGAAAACUUGAAACCUCAACUUGAAAGUCUACUCGUAAUGAAGAAAAAACCCUUUCCAUAUAGAUUUUCUCUAAAGUCAAGAUGGCCGUUUAGUCUCAAGACUUGAAACCCUGAGCCUUGUUUGAAACCUAACCCAGGAGGUUUUAUGACAUCGAUGGGUCCAGCAAAAUGAGGUUUUGGGUUCAGUCCCUCAUUACCAUUUCUGGUUCUGUCUCACGUAACGCAUGCUAACUAAUUUGAAACCCUAACAUUGUCUUAAGACCCUCAUUAUAACCCUAAACACUAACCCAGAAAGUUUUCCAUUUGAAACAUUUGUGGUUUUGCGUCAUAUCAGGAUUGCCAUCGACCGUGAAGAAAAGUAUUUGAACACCCUGCUAUUUUGCAAGUUCUCCCACUUAGAAAUCAUGGAGCGGUCUGAAAUUUUCAUCAUAGGUGCGUGUCCACUGUGAGAAAGAUAAUCCAAAAAGAAAAAUCCAGAAAUCACAAUGUAUGAUUUCUUAACGAUGUAUUUGUGUGAUAUAGCUGCAAAUAAGUAUUUGAACACCUGAGAAAAACAAUGUGAAUAUUUAGUCCAGUAGCCUUUGUUUGGAAUUACAGAGGUCCAGCGUUUCCUGUAGUUGUUCACCAGGUUUGCACAGACUGCAGGAGGGAUUUUGGUCCACUGCUCCACACAGAUCUUCUCUAGAUCAGACAGGUUUCUGGGCUGUCGCUGAGAAACACGGAGUUUUCAGCUCCCUCCAAAGAGUUUCUAUUGGGUUUAAGUCUGGAGACUGGCUCGGCCGCGCCAGAACCUUGAUAUGCUUCUUACGGAGCCACUCCCUGGUUUUCCUGGCUGUGUGCUUCGGGUCAUUGUCAUGUUGAAAGACCCAGCCACGACCCAUCUUCAAUGCUCUGACUGAGGGAAAGAGGUUGUUCCCCAAAAUCUCACGAUACAUCGCCGCGGUCAUCCUCUCCUUAAAACAGUGCAGUCGUCCUGUCCCAUGUGCAGAAAAACACCCCCAAAGCGUGAUGCUACCACCUCCAUGCUUCACAGUAGGGAUGGUGUUCUCGGGAUGGAACUCAUCAUUCGUUUUCCUCCAAACACAGUUAGUGGAAUUAUGACCAAAAAGUUCCGUUUUGGUCUCAUUUGACAAAACUUUCUCCCAUGACUCCUUUGUAUCAUCCAAAUGGUCAUUGGCGAACUUAAGACGAGUGUUGACAUGUUCUGGUUUAAGCGGGGGGACCUUCUGUGCCAUGCACGAUGUCUUAGUGUAUUACCAAGAGUCACCUUGGAAAUGGUGGUCCCAGCUCUUUUAAGGUCAUUGACCAAGUCCUGUUGUGUAGUCCUUGGCUGAUUCCUCACUUUCUAAGGACCAUUGAGACCCCACAAGGUGAUAUCUUGCAUGGGGCUCCACUCCGAUUGAGACUUGACCGUCAUGUUUAGCUUCUUCCAUUUUCUAAUGAUUGCUCCAACAGUGGACCUUUUUUCACCAAGCUGCUCGGCAAUUUCUCCGUAGGCCUUUCCAGCCGUGUGGAGUUGUACAAUUUUGUCUCUGGUGUCUCUUUGGUCUUGGCCAUGUUACAAGUUUGAGUCUUACUCAAUGUACGGGGUGGACAGUUGUCUUUAUGCAGCUAACGACCUCACCCAGGUACAUGUGAUUCAGGAUAAUACAUAGAGUAGAGGUGGACUUUUAAAGGCGGACCACCAGGUCUUUGAGAGUCAGAAUUCUAGCUGGUAGACAAGUGUUCAAAUACUUAUUUGCAGCUGUAUCACACAAAUGAAUCGUUCAAAAGAAAUCAUACAUUGAGAUUUCUGGAUUUUUCUUUGUAGAUGAUCUCUCUCUCAUAGUGGACAUGCACCUACCAUGAAAUUUUCAGACCCCCUCUGUGAUUUCUAAGUGGGA